AUGUCAAGAGAUCGAAAAGGGGGACCACGGGAUGACCGACGAUACGAUGAGAGAAAGCGAGGUCCUGAUCGCGAAGAAAGCCGACAUCGUCGUGAGCAUGGCAGCCCUGGGCAGGGUCGCAAUCAAAGGUCCGAAAAUGGAUCUGAUAAAAGAAAUUCUCAAUCACAUUUUCCUAAUCGUAACGAGAGAGGUAUAACAACCUUCAAUGGGGCUCCUUUCUCAGAGGGAGACCUCAUGGCCGAUAUACCCAAAAAGAAAUUUACUGGACGUUGUCGCCUUUUCGUUGGUAAUUUGCCCAACGAAGUUAGCGAAGAUGAGCUUAAGAAACUUUUUUCACCUCAUGGAGAUAUCUCUGAGUGUUACCUUAGCGGGAAAGGAUUUGCAUUUCUUCGACUGGACACGAGAGCUAACGCUGAAAGUGCCAAAGAAGCCAUCGACGGAAAAAAUCUACAUGGUCGACCUAUUCGAGUUCGCUUCGCUGUGCACGGUGCUGCUCUGAGAAUAAAGGAAUUAUCUUCUACCGUUUCUAAUGAAAUGCUGUACCACGCGUUCGCGCGAUUCGGCGACGUCGAAAGAGCCAUCCAUAUAGUAGAUGAAAAAGGACGUCCAACCGGUGAAGGCAUCGUUGAGUUUGAGAGAAAGGGUCCAUGUCAAGAAGCGUUACAAUCCAUUCGAGAGAAGGUCUUCAUAUUGACAGCGAACUCGAAGCCAAUCAGUGCUGAGGUAUUGGAACAAAAAGAUGAAGACGACGGGUUAGCCGAACGUAUGAUUCCUCGAACCCCUCAGUUGAACAAGGAACGUGAACUCGGACCUCGAUUUCCUGGUCCUAAUUCCUUCGAAUACAUUUACGGUAUGAAAUGGAAGGAUUUAUACGAAAUGGAAAAACAGCGUCGAGCUCAGUUCGAAAAAGAGCUCGUCGAAAGUAGACGACGUCUUGAAGCAGACAUGGAAGUAGCUUAUCAGGACUAUCAAGCUCAAAUGUUGAGAGAGGAUCUCCAACGUAGACAGCAGGAGCUUGAGAGACUCGAAGCCCUCAGACGAGAGAGAACUAGACCCCCUGGUGUAGGCCCAGGUUCUGCGAACCCUCCACCAAAUUCAUCGAAUGGAAAUUCACACGGAGGACCAUCUCAUCCUCCUCCACAUGGUGGACCAGGUUCAGGUGUACCUAUGAUGGGACCAGGCCCAGGUCCUGACUUCAGAAAAGAAUCAGAAAAAUUAUAUGGUGGUCCACCAGGCCCUGUACCACCAGGCGGCCCUAAUAGUAAUUUCCCACCACCACAUUUUGGUCGUGUACCACCUAUGGGAGGACAUUUCCCUGGAGGACCUCCAAUGAACAUGAACUUCAACGGCCCACCGCCCAAUCAUCACGACAGAGGUGAACGGCCGAAUCAAACCAACAUGUUAGAAGGUGUUCAACGCUUAUUGCAAAUAUUUAAAAAUGAGCCAGCUGGAUCAUCUUCCCCUCGAGGGCCACCGCCAAUGUUCGGAUAUGGGGGACCAGAUUUCCCUCCUGAAAAACGAUCUAGACGUUAA